AUGGCCAUCACCAAGUCCGCUAUCGUUCUUCUCUCGAUCAUCGCCGUCGUCGCCGUCAUGGCUCAGCCAGGACAGCAACAAAGCGGACAGUCCAGCGGACAACAGAGUGGACAACAGAGCGGACAGCAGAGCGGUCAGCAAGGAGGAAGCCAGGGAGGAUUCGGAGGAGCCGGAGUGUCUUCCCAGACGCCGACCGGACAGCAAGGAGGACAGCAGAGCGGAUUCGGAGGCAGCAGCCAGCAAGGAGGAUCAUCCCAGGGAGGAUUCGGAGGAUCGUCCCAGCAGGGAGGCUCGUCCCAACAAGGAGGAUCCCAAGGACAGGGACCUCAGUAA